AUGGGGAUGGGACGAGGCAGCAGACAGCCGCGGCGUCUGCCCUGGGACACUCUAAUAUCCCCUCCAGGAUCUGAUAAGACUCAGGUGAACACCACUUAUCUUCACAGGGAGGCGACACCGCGCUCUGACAACAGCCGCAGUGAAAUGAAGAAUGGACAGGCUGUAAUGUAUGCGGGGCCUGGACGCUCCAAAGGUCAGCACUUAUGCCCUCCAUCACAGCCUGACACCUGCAGGAAGAGCUCCCAGCGCUCCGUAAUGAGAGGAGCUAUGCGCACUGCCACACCGACCGUGAUGCGCCCAGAAUUACAGCCUCACGGCCACGCGCCCACAUUUGCAUUUGGAAAUUUGUGGGAGAAGUCAUUGGCGGCCAUCGUUUUCAGUGUGGAGGAGUGUGGAGUAAAGAGCAGGAAUAAAACACAAUUAGAGGAGAGGGAGAGAGAGAAGGGAGUGAGGGAGAGAGGAAGCAGAGCGGCGAGACUGAGCGGACAGCAGACGGUGGGUGUCUCGCUCCUCCCCGGGGAUGGGCAAACCUCCUCCCCGGGGAUGGGCAGAGCCGCCUGUGGAGCUGCAACAGAUUGGUUCUCCGCUCCAGCGUUCACAUCUGUUUGUGAGAGAUCUGAGAGAACGCUUCACUGGUGCAAGACGUGUCCAUCCACACGAUACAGACGAGAAACACAGGCGCAGUACACAGACGCAGGUGACUGUACCUGA